AUGGAGCCUGAACCUGUAAGGAAACGAUUCAAACAGCUCACAAAUGAAGAGAUACAGCAACUGGUUGAGGCCAAGGAUUCCGAAAAUACAAGGAGAGCGACUAAAAAUGCCGUUGCUACUUUUCUAGCAUUCUGUAAUGAAGUUACGCCUGAAGAACCCGUGAAAAACACAGAGUCCCUGGAGAAAAUGUCGAAGAACGAACUGAAUGAACUUCUAACGAAUUUCUGGCCGAAUGCCCGGAAAAAGAAUGGAGACAAUUACAAAAAGACUGCCUUGAUGGGACUACGAUUUGGUCUGCAAAGGCACUUUCUACUGAAAAGAGAUUUUGACAUCAUUAAUGACGGCGAGUUUUCCAAAUCAAAUCAAGUUUAUGAGGCGGCAGUUGUCGAGUUAAAGCGGCAAGGAUUUGGUAGAGUUGAUCACCACAGGCCGAUAUCAAAGGAAGAUCUAGAAAAAAUUCAGUCUUGCUACAAUCCAUCCUCUCCAGAUCCUAAAUCCCUCCAGCAAGUGGUUUGGUUUAAUCUCAUGUUCCACCUAAUUCGCCGCGGGAGAGAAAAUCUCCGUCUUCUUACAAAACAGACGUUUGCCGUGCAGGCUGAUGGAACUGGUAAGAAGUACGUAUAUCAAGCACUUGAUGAACUGGACAAAAAUCACAGGGGAAAGGAUCAACCGGAUGAUUCUCCAGGUGAAGGCCGUAUGUAUGAAAGACCGAAUAGUCCGUACUGUCCAGUAAAAACUUUUGAACUGUAUUUAUCAAAGCUUAAUCCUAAUUUGUCGUGUUUGUGGCAAAGGCCGAAGGCGCGUGAAAGUUUUAGCGAAAGUGAUGAAGUUUGGUAUUGUAAUGCUCCUCUCGGGAAAAAUACGCUAGCUACGUUAAUGAGUUCCAUUUCAAAGGAAAUACAAUUGUCUUAUCAGUACACCAAUCAUUGUAUUAGGGCAACUGCAGUAUCGUUAUUAGACGAGUGUAAUUUUGAGGCCCGCCAUAUAAUGCGUGUUUCUGGCCACAAGUCUGAGAGCAGCAUUCGCUCUUAUUCAAGGCGCCUUUCUGAGGUUAAACAAAAGGAAAUUUCCCAUUCACUCAGUACUGCAUGUUUUGAAAGUUUAGAGAGGCAAGAGCAAACUGCAGAGGCAGAUUGUCCUCUAGUCGGAAACACAGUGCCAAGAUCACCCAUCACGAUGCAAAAUUUCGCAUCGCAAAGCCAGGAAACGGUUAACUUUAACGCAGGCGCAUUUUCAGGAGCAACUGUUACUAUAAACUUUUAUCAAGGUAAUUCCAAGUGA